AUGCAGCUACCCCCAAAGAUUAAGGUGCCUGAAUUUCAGAGGUACUACGGCACGACCGACCCUCGUUACCAUCUCCGUCACUACCGGGGAAAAAUGCUGCAGUACUGGGACUACGAAGAGUUCGUCAUCCAUACAUUCCAGGAUAGUUUGGCAGGAGCGGCUCUGGAUUGGUACAUGUCACUGAAAGCUGCGGAUAUCCUCACGUGGGCAGACCUCUCAAGCAAAUUCAUCGACCAGUACAGGUACUGUGCGGAGACGCCCACGACUCUGCUGGAGCUCAGCACGAUGGAGAUGACCGAUGACCAGGGCUUCGAGGCCUAUGCAGUGAAGUGGCGGGCUAGAGCGGCGAAGCAUGUCCCUCCGAUCAGUGAGGCACAGCAGAUCCAAUUAUUCCACUCCACUCUUAAAGGGGCCUACUACUUGCACUUGUUGGCUCACACGUCUUCAUUCUCCAACCUUAUCGACGCCGGAAAGAAGCUCGACAUCGGCAUUAAGCUUUGCAAGAUAGAAGGUCCGGCUGAGAAAAAAGAAAGAGAGUCCUCGAAGAGGGCCGCCACUGGGACAGUGGGAAACAAAAGAGGGAAAGACACGUCCGUCAAUGCUGUCAACUCAGGGCGCCAGGCCCCCCAACAAAAUUCCAUAAGCUACACGCCCGCCCCACCGGCCACUCAAGCGUAUGCCCCACCUUCGGUGCAUUAUCAACAACAACCCCCAACGCAGCAAGCUUACUAUUCCGCUCCGCCGGCUUCCUUUCCGUCGCCGCUCCCGCAGCAAUACGCCCAUAAUUAUGCCCCUGCUCCUCCUCCGAUCCAACAAAGUAGGCCCCCGGCUUCGAGAACUCCUCAACCGGUGCAACGGGCUCCGGCUCCGCAGGACCAACAGGGCAUCGCAACACAAACGCGGCGUAAACAGUUCACACCUCUGUCGGCUCCGCUCUCCCACAUAUACCGGCAACUCCUCGCGGGUAACAAGAUCCGAUCGAUAGCACUUAACCCUGAUUUCGACCCAACCAUCCAAGAUCAGAGUCGGCGCUGCGAGUACCAUCAGGGCACACCCGGUCACACCACUGACAAUUGUUGGAAGCUACGGGAGAGGAUCCAACAGAUGAUUGAUGAUAAGCAGCUCACGUUUAACGCCGUCAAACCCCCGAACGUGCAAUCAAAUCCUCUUACCGAUCACGUGUCGAGCUCGGGACCCAGUAUUAACAUGAUCGGUGUUUGCGCUAUAGGGGAGUACGAGACCGGACAGGAGGCACCGGCCCCGUUUGUGAUCGAAUAUGUUCCUGUAGAAACUGGUGUAGGGUACGCAGGGUUCGAUGCCACGCCCGCCCCAUUCGUGAUAGAAGUCCCCGCACGAGAGCCAUAUCAAGACAGCAAGGUCCCGUGGACCUACGAAGGAAGUGUUGGGAACCUCGAGAGUCAAUUUAGCGUCAUGGGCGUGACGCGCUCGGGUCGAGUCUAUGAAAAUCCGAAGGCCGCAAACAAAGGGAAAGCCCUGGCAGUGCCCGGAAUCGCCCCGGAAGCCUCGUCUAUUCCCCAGAAGAAGGUGACUGAAAAGGAGGCCGAGGCUUUCAUGAAAAUUAUCAAAGCAAACGAGUACAAGGUCGUUGAACAAAUGGGCAAAUCUCCAGCCCACAUUUCACUACUCGCCCUUCUCUUGGGUUCAGAGCCACAUCGUGAAGCGCUUCUGAAGGUCCUGACAGCAACGCAGAUCCCCAAAGAGACGGCUCCGGAGCUGAUUAAAGAGACUAUCAGUUCGAUCUUCUCCAACAACAUUUCCUUCUCAGAUGAUGAACUUCCCUCAGAAGGAUGGGCACACUCGCGGGCACUACACAUUAUGAACGUGGACUUUAACCGCAUCCGUCCGAGCAAGACUGCGGUUCGAGCCUUCGACGGCUCUCGGAAGGAAGUAAAUGGAGAGAUCGACCUGGUGAUCGAGGGGAUCAACUGCCCCAUCGAGGUCAAAGAGUACAAGAACAGGAGGGGACUCGGUUUUCGCCCUUCCUGUCACGAGAUUAUUGAGGCCCGCAGGGGCAAGCACCUUCACCGUCUCGCUGCACGCUAUGGGAAGAUCAACAGGGGCAUCCUGGUUCAGCCGCUCUCCUACUUCUUUCCUGGGCCUCCACACAUCGUCGGAGAUACUCUUGAUAGUCCCUCCUCGGAUUCAGACAGCGAGCCUGUUGACCUGCCAAACAUAUGCGCCGUCACCGAGGAGACUACUCCAGGGGCUUACAUCCGCUUCGCGCAGGAAAAUGAGGAACUCAACAACCGGACCUCAGUCCCGCGUUACUCGACUGUAAUCGCCGAUGUGUAA